GAAGACUACAGUGUGCAGAAUUGCAGGAUAAAAUGAGGAGUAUGCGAUAUUUGCAGAAUUUUUUGCGACCCUCCCUGCGAUUUCUGCAGGUGAGGUGUGCAAGCUCUGCGAAAAACUAUGACUUCAAAACAUAUGAAGCUGCUAAUGAACCCAUGUAUGAUUACGGACCAGACUCAAAGGAAAGAAAGCAGCUGCAGGAAGUCCUAGAUAACUGGAAAAAUAAGACAGAAGAUAUUCCUAUUGUAAUAGGUGAUGAAGAGUUUAGAACAAAGGAUGUGCGGUAUCAAGUUAUGCCAUUUGAUCAUCAGAAGAAAGCAGCCAAAUUUUAUUAUGCAACCCCAGAUAUUAUCCAAAAGGCCAUUGACAAUAGUUUAAAGGCCAGAAAACAAUGGGUGAAAACUCCCGUAGAAAAGAGAGCUGAGAUCUUCAUGACUGCAGCAGAGAUGAUUAGUAAAGAGAAGAGGUUUGAUAUCAUGGCAACCACAAUGAUUGGCCAGGCCAAGAACAUAUGGCAGGCAGAGAUAGAUGCAGCAGCUGAGCUUAUUGAUUUCCUGAGGUUUAACUGUCAGUUUGCCAGAGAUAUGACUUCGUAUCAGCCAUUGAGCCCUGAAAUAAAUGUUGUCCAAAAUUGUGCUGUCUAUAGAGGUUGUGAGGGUUUCUGGGCAGCCAUCACACCCUUCAACUUUACAGCCAUAGGUGGUCAUCUUUGUUCUGCUCCUGCUUUGAUGGGUAAUGUUUGCCUGUGGAAGCCUUCUGACACUGCUAUGCUGUCAAACUACACAGUGUACAAAAUCUACAGGGAAGCAGGCCUUCCACCUGGUGUUAUUAACUUUGUACCAGCAGACGGACCCGUGUUUGGUGAUGUCAUCACAAAAUCUCCUCAUUUAGCAGGUGUCAAUUUCACUGGCAGUGUUAGAACAUUUAAAACUUUAUGGAAAUCAGUUGCCCAGAACUUAAACAGUUUCGUCUCAUACCCGAAAUUGAUCGGAGAAUGUGGAGGAAAAAAUUUCCAUUUCAUCCACAAAUCGGCAGAUGUUACAUCAGUAGUUGUUGGUUCGAUUAGGUCAGCAUUUGAAUAUGGAGGACAGAAAUGUUCAGCAUGCUCGCGGAUGUACAUUCCACAGUCCAUGUGGCCAGAGGUGAAGCAGAAAAUGCUGGACAUCCACAAACAAAUUAAACUGGGGUCAGCUUUAGACAACACAGUCUUCCUAUCAGCAGUUAUUGAUGACAAGGCAUUUAAAAGAAUCAAAUCAUACAUAGACUAUGCCAAAGACUCCCCUAACCUGACUCUUAUAGCUGGAGGAAAAUGUGAUGAUAGUCAAGGUUAUUUCGUAGAACCCACCAUUAUUGAGACAACGGACCCACAAGAUAGAAUCAUGCAGGAGGAAAUCUUUGGCCCAGUGUUGACUGUGUUUCCAUAUCCUGAUGAUGAAUACCUGAAGUAUGCACAGCUGGCUACCAAGACCUCUCCAUUUGCUCUGACUGGAGCUAUUUUUGUGAAGGACCCUAAAGUAAGGGAGGAGUUAGUGGAUACCUUCCAAGAUGUGGCAGGAAACUUUUACAUCAAUGACAAAUCAACAGGAUCUGUUGUGGGCCAGCAACCAUUCGGGGGAGAUCGAUUGUCAGGAACCAAUGACAAAGCAGGUGGCCCCUAUUAUCUGACGAGGUUCGUGUCUAUGCAGUGUGUGAAAGAAUCAAAGGUGCCCCUUACAGAAUGGGUGUUGCCCUCCAUGAAGUAAACACUAAACCAUCCUCAGAGACUCUCUAGAGUUUCAAAAGAUAUGUAGUAUAGUGUAUUAGUGAUCAGUGCAAAAUAAAACAAUUUACCCGGUAUAUAAACACAUAUCAAGAGGUGUAUAAUUCAUUACUCCUUCAAAUUCCUAUUUACAUUUAUGUUAUGAUUUUAUUGGGGUAUUAUUAUCUGCUGCAUGUGAGACAACAAGUCCAAGAUCAAUUGAUGUGCAAAGCAUGUGAAUUUGAAAUGAUCUGAAAAAUGUGACUGUACAACUAUAAAAAGAGGUAUUAGCAUAAGAAUCUCAAAAAAAAAAAAAAAAUUAAAAAAAAUUACAAACCAGUACAAAACAAACUGCUUGAUACUCGUUGUGUCAAUUUUUUAUUGACACUUUUGUUGAUAUUCUUUGUUGUUUGUUAAAACCCACAUAUAAUGUUGGGAUUUUUUUUUUUUUACCUGAUUAGUAAUUUUAAAAAUGUGUGUUUUAUGCAUUAACACAUGAGUGGCAUUUGCUCAAGAAAGAUUUAUUUUUUUAUAUUUUGGAUUUGUUUUUAGCUCACCUGAGCUGAAAGCUCAAGUGAGCUUUUCUGAUCACCCAUUGUCCGUCGUCUGUCCGUCCGUCCAUCCAUCUGUCCGUCCGUCUGUAAACUUUUCACAUUUUCAAAUUCUUCUCAAGAACCACUGGGCCAAUUUUAACCAAAUUUGGUACAAAGCAUCCUUGAGUGAAGGGGAAUUUAAAUUGUUAAAAUAAAGGGCCAAACCCCCUUACAAGGGGAGAUAAUCAAGAAAAGACAAAAAUAGGGUGGGGUCAUUAAAAAAUCUUCUUCUCAAGAACCACUGAGCCAGAAAAGCUGAAACUUAUGUGGAUGCAUUCUGGGGUAGUGUAGAUUCUAAAUUUUCAAAAUCAUGACCCCCGGGGGAAGGGCGGGGCCACAAUAGGGAAUCCAAGUUUUACAUUGAAAUAUAUAGAAAAAAAAUCUUUAAAAAUCUUCUUCUCAAGAACCACUGGGCCAGAAAUGCUGAAACUUAUGUGAAAGCAUGCUGGGGUAGUGUAAAUUCUAAAUUGUAAAAAUCAUGACCCCUGGGGGAAGGGAGGGGCCACAAUAGGGAAUCCAAGUUUUACAUUAAAAUACAUAGAAAAAAAUCUUUAAAAAUCUUCUUCUCAAGAACCAUUGGGCCAGAAAAACUGAAACUUAUGUGGAAGCAUCCUUGGGUAGUGUAGAUUCUAAAUUGUUAAAAUCAUGACCCCCGGAGGAGGGGUGGGGCCACAGUAGUAAAACCAAGUUUUACGUUGAAAUACUAAGAAAAAUCUUUAAAAAUCUUCUUCUCAAGAACCACUGGGCCAGAAAUGCUGAAACUUAUGUGGAAGCAUGCUGGGGUAGGGUAGAUUCUAAAUUGUUCAAAUCAUGACCCCUGGGGGAAGGGCAGGGCCACAAUAAGGAAUCCAAGUUUUGCAUUGAAAUAUAUAGAAAAAAUCUUUAAAAAUCUUCUUCUCAAGAACCACUGGGCCAGAAAAACUGAAACUUAUGUUGAAGCAUCCUUGGGUAGUGUAGAUUCUAAAUUGUUCAAAUCAUGACCCCUGGGGGCAGGGCGUGGCCACAAUAGGGAAUCCAAUUUUUAUAUUGAAAUAUAUAGAAAAAAAAUCUUCUUCUCAAUAACCACUUGGUCAGAAAAGCUAAGACUUUUGUAGAAGCAUCCUUGGGCAGUGUAAAUUCUUAAAACUAUUCAAAUCUUGACCCCUUGGGGUAGGGUGGGGCCACAAUAGGGAAUCCAAGUUUUACAUUGAAAUAUAUAGGAAAAAUCUUUGAAAAAUUUCUCCUCAAGAACCUCUUGGCCAGUAAAGCUGAAACUUAUAUGGAAACAUAUUGGGGUAGUGUAGAUUUUAAAUUGUUAAAAUCAUGACCCCCGUGGGUAGGGCGGGGCCACAAUAGGUAUUACAAAAAGAUCAUUUCGUGAAGAACAGCAGGGCCAAAGUUAUUCAGGUGAGCGUUGUGGCCCAUGGGCCUCUUGUUCUGUAGAAUAUUGUUGGCUUUUGAAAUAGUGCUAAAUAAGAAUUUUUGGAGGUAUAAACUAUAGAAAAAAGUAAAUUCUUAAUGUCCUCAUUCUACUUUAAAACAGGUGUGACAUUUAGCUGUAUAGUUAUUGUAAUUUAUUGGAAUUUUUCAUUACUUUCAGCUCUCAGAUACAUGAAUAUGAAUUUUCAUGUCAGAAUACAUCUUUUGAAAAUUAAGUUUAAAACUUCAUACCAUGAAAGAGUAUGUGCAUUAUACAGAAUUCUGCAAUUUACUCUUUGUAAAAUCAAAUAAUAAAAUAAAAUGCUUGAAACAUUUUCGAUAUUGAACAAAGUUUGCAUAAUACUUACUCUGUAUUUAGAUUUUGUUAGUUGAUAUUGUCAUGAACAAGUUUUCCUUUGAAUUGUUGGAAUUUUGACAUCUCUAUUGUAUGCUAAAUGAGGGUGAUAUUUAUCCCUUUCUUAUUUCUGAACUAUAUUAAUUUUGUUUAAGUGAAUGUUGACCUGCUUUUGAUGGUUGCCAGAGUUUCUCAUGGAUUAACAUUGCCUCUUUUGCUGCAUUUUGUUGUUUUGUUUUCAUGUUCAACAUCUAUAUUAGAUGAAAAUAUUGUAGAUUCGACAGUGAGAAUUAUACUGUUGCAAGUUUUAAUUUUAUAGCAAUAAAUAUUAAUUUUAGUAUUUAUGAGAUUAUGUUCCAUUUUUUGUCUUUUUUUUUUAAAUAUUUCAUGUGCUUCCAGCAUCACCUGUUGUAGAAUCACAUUUACAGGAAAUGUGUAUAUGUUGAAUAUUGUUUUUCCUUUCUAUUAGCUAAGGAAAAUUCUUGAAGGAGGAUUGUUUGGAUUGAAUUGGCAAAAAUACUACACCUUUUAGAAAGAUUAACACCAAAUUGAAUUUUAAAUGUUAAUGUGAUAAUUUUAUUAAAAUGGUAUAAUUGUAUUAAAAAAAAAUCUUGUAUAUCUUGAAAAGUUACUUUGAUGAUGUAUCAGAUAAUAAAAUGACAAAUGAAA